CCGCUGGCCCCGCCCCGUCCUCCUCGGCCUCCUGCCUCUGUUCAGGUAGGGGGCGGCCUGCGGGGGAGGGGCAUCACCUAAGGGCGGGGGCUCUCAGGUCCCGGGGCUCCGUUGUUGGCGAACCCCAACUUCCGGACACUGGGUCCCCUUGGAGCUGCCCCAGGCUUAAUGAUUGUCCAGAAGGUGGCUAUAAAGGGAGCCUGGGAGGCUGUGUGGAGGAGGGAGCAGAAAAAACCCAACUCAGCAGAUCUGGGAACCGUGAGAGCGGCAAGCAGGAACUGUGGUCAGAGGCUGUGUGUCCUGGUUGGUAGGGCCUGCUCUUUUCUACCAUGGCAGCCCAGGGGUAUGGCUAUUAUCGUACUGUGAUCUUCUCAGCCAUGUUUGGGGGCUACAGCCUGUAUUACUUCAAUCGCAAGACCUUCUCCUUUGUCAUGCCAUCAUUGGUGGAAGAGAUCUCUUUGGACAAGGAUGAUUUGGGGCUCAUCACCAGCAGCCAGUCGGCAGCCUAUGCCAUCAGCAAGUUUGUCAGUGGGGUGCUGUCUGACCAGAUGAGUGCUCGCUGGCUCUUCUCGUCUGGACUACUCCUGGUUGGCCUGGUCAACAUAUUCUUUUCCUGGAGCUCCACAGUACCUGUCUUUGCUGCUCUCUGGUUCCUUAAUGGCCUGGCCCAGGGGCUGGGCUGGCCGCCAUGUGGGAAGGUCCUGCGGAAGUGGUUUGAGCCAUCUCAAUUUGGCACUUGGUGGGCCAUCCUAUCAACCAGCAUGAACCUGGCUGGAGGGCUGGGCCCUAUCCUGGCAACCAUCCUCGCCCAGAGCUACAGCUGGCGCAGCACGCUGGCCCUGUCUGGGGCACUGUGUGUGGUUGUCGCCUUCCUCUGUCUCCUGCUCAUCCACAAUGAACCUGCUGAUGUUGGACUCCGCAACCUGGACCCCACGCCCUCUAAGGGCAAGAAGGGCUCCUUGAAGGAGGAGGGCACCCUACAGGAGCUGCUGCUGUCCCCUUACCUGUGGGUGCUCUCUACUGGUUACCUUGUGGUGUUUGGAGUAAAGACCUGCUGUACUGACUGGGGCCAGUUCUUCCUUAUCCAGGAGAAAGGACAGUCAGUCCUUGUAGGUAGCUCCUACAUGAGUGCCCUGGAAGUUGGGGGCCUUGUAGGCAGCAUCGCAGCUGGCUACCUGUCAGACCGGGCCAUGGCAAAGGCGGGACUGUCCAUCUACGGGAACCCUCGCCAUGGCCUGUUGCUAUUCAUGAUGGCUGGCAUGACAGUGUCCAUGUACCUCUUCCGGGUAACAGUGACCAGUGACUCCCCCAAGGAUGUUGCUUUCUGGACUCUGGCUCUUCACCCUCUCUCGGAGCUCACAGGCUUUACGGAGCGCGAGCUCUGGAUCCUGGUACUGGGAGCUAUAUUUGGUUUCUCCUCGUAUGGUCCCAUUGCCCUGUUUGGAGUCAUAGCCAACGAGAGUGCCCCUUCCAACUUGUGUGGCACCUCUCAUGCCAUUGUGGGACUCAUGGCCAAUGUGGGCGGCUUUCUGGCCGGGCUGCCCUUCAGCACCAUUGCCAAGCACUACAGUUGGAGCACAGCCUUCUGGGUGGCUGAAGUGAUUUGUGCAGCCAGCACAGCUGCCUUCUUCCUCCUACGAAACAUCCGCACCAAGAUGGGCCAAGUGUCCAAGAAGGCUGAGUGAACAGAGUCUAGGUUCUGGAGCACCAUCCCAUGGUGGCCUUCCUCCUGCACCUUGUGGGGGGAGAAAAGGAGGGGCCUGCUUGGCUAGCCCUGAACCUUUCACUUUGUUUCUGCGCCUUCUCCCUCACCCAGGUGGCGCUGGAAGUUAUCAGCGGCUAGUGAGGUCUCAGCUCCCUGAUGCUAUGCUCUAUUUAAAAGAUAACGUUUGGCCUUAGACUCCAUUUGCUCAUAUGUCUAGCCUGCAGACAAACAGGAAACUUCUGCAGUCAGGAAGCCUCCUGUACCCUUCUUUUCCUAGGUCCUGUCCUGCCCCCAUCCUACUCCAUCCCCACUUGAUGUGCGGCUGUCCCUCCCUGCAGCUGCAGGGCGCUAAUGGCCCUUGACUUCUGCUGGGCCCUAAGUCCUCUCAGCAGUGAGUGACUGCUAUUGCCAAUACCUCAGACUCCGGGGAAAGAGAGGAGGCCAUCACUCUCACUAGUACCCAAGGCACAGUUGGGUAUGGGUGGGAAGAAAGGAUGACUUGUUAUAGAAGAUUAAAACUAGAUUUGAUAUUGAA